AUGUUGAAUAACGGGAAUAUUCUAUUGAAUAUUCGACAAGUUAAAUUCGCUCGCAAGAGUAGUGCUCAUAAUUGGUUUGCUGUCCAAUUCACUGAGCCGGAAUUUAACUCCGACGGGAAGCCCAUCACUGAAACGAUUGCUGAGAUUGAACCCUCAGGUUUGGCUCAAUCGCGUUCACAGUUGCAGGUUCUGACAAUAAAGAAACGACUUGAUAAUACACAAGACAUCGUUCCUUCUGGCUGCUUCUCAUCUAAUAUGGCCGAAUUCAAGGCGAAUUAA